AUGGUGUUGGACUUGACUCGGUCGCACCUGCCUGUGGGAAAUCCUGCUGGGGUGUUCGCUACGUUGUUCCAGAAUUUGCCUAACCUGAAUGAUUUGAAGGUGUCGUCGCCUUCGAAGGAAGUAUACAGGCAUCUGCCCGAUAGCGAUAGGGUCGAGGUAUUGACAAUCGAUAUUGAACUUGAACGAAAAUAUUCAACUGAUGACGAGACGACACAAAUCUUUCUGAAUCAUUUCUUAAGGUCAAACCGUGGACUGGAGGUCCUGAAGUUAUCAGGAUGUAGCAUUUCGCUGAUACUGGAAGAAGUACAACUGCCGCACCUGAAGGCUUUGGAGCUGGCAAAAUGCAACGUAUGUGACUGUGGAUGCUUUGAAGGGUUUUUGACUGGUAUAAAUAAGGAGAUCAGAAGAGUUGGCUUGGAUGGCAAUGAUUCGCUUGUCGACGAACUUAUUUUUGACUCUUACAAGCACUUCGAGAAGCUUGAAUCAGUAUAUUAUUGUACCCAUGGAGAGGAUGACUCGCCACGUUUAGAGAAUCCUCUGGAACUUACCCAGCCUACAGAACUUCAUUCGUCCUUCAAUAAAUGGACAGGCUCUUAUGGAUUGGAUGGAACAUGA